AUGGAGGCGAGCAAGCCCGGCGCCUCGCCCGGCAGCCGCGACGGGGGCAGCCCCAGCCCCAGCGCCAACGCCUGCGCCCCGGCCAAGGCGGCCGAGCCGGCGGCGGGCAGCCCCGGCGCCGGCAGCGGCAGCCUCAAGGAGCAGGGCAACUCGGUGGGCUUCAAAGUGGACGGCGGCGGCGGCGGCGGCGAGGAGCCCGCGGGGGGCUUCGACGACCCCGACGGCGCCCAGCGGCAGUACGGCUUCAUGCAGCGCCAGUUCACCUCCAUGCUGCAGCCCGGGGUCAACAAAUUCUCCCUCCGCAUGUUCGGCAGCCAGAAGGCGGUGGAGAAGGAGCAGGAAAGGGUUAAAACUGCAGGCUUCUGGAUCAUCCACCCCUACAGCGACUUCAGGUUCUAUUGGGACUUAAUAAUGCUUAUAAUGAUGGUUGGAAAUCUUGUCAUCAUACCUGUUGGAAUCACAUUCUUCACGGAGCAGACAACGACACCAUGGAUUAUUUUCAAUGUAGCCUCAGAUACUGUGUUUUUGUUCGACUUAAUUAUGAACUUUAGAACUGGGACUGUUAACGAAGAUAGCUCUGAGAUUAUACUGGACCCAAAAGUCAUCAAGAUGAAUUAUUUAAAAAGCUGGUUCGUAGUUGACUUCAUCUCAUCGAUACCAGUGGAUUAUAUCUUUCUUAUUGUCGAGAAAGGGAUGGAUUCAGAAGUGUACAAGACAGCUAGAGCACUUCGCAUUGUGAGGUUCACAAAAAUCCUCAGUCUGUUGCGUUUAUUACGACUCUCAAGAUUAAUAAGAUAUAUACACCAGUGGGAAGAGAUCUUCCACAUGACGUACGAUCUAGCAAGUGCUGUGGUGAGAAUCUUCAACUUAAUUGGAAUGAUGUUGCUACUUUGUCACUGGGAUGGCUGCCUUCAAUUCUUGGUCCCAUUGCUGCAGGAUUUCCCACAAGACUGCUGGGUGUCGCUAAAUGGUAUGGUUAAUGAUUCCUGGGGGAAGCAGUACUCAUAUGCCCUCUUCAAAGCCAUGAGCCACAUGCUUUGCAUUGGUUAUGGAGCCAGAGCCCCCGUCAGCAUGUCGGACCUCUGGAUAACCAUGCUGAGCAUGAUUGUGGGGGCCACCUGUUAUGCCAUGUUUGUGGGUCAUGCCACAGCCCUGAUUCAGUCUUUGGAUUCCUCGAGGCGUCAGUAUCAAGAAAAGUACAAACAAGUGGAACAGUACAUGUCGUUUCAUAAACUGCCUGCUGACAUGCGUCAGAAGAUCCAUGAUUAUUAUGAACACCGUUACCAGGGCAAGAUCUUUGAUGAGGACAGCAUUCUCAAUGAGCUCAACGACCCACUUAGGGAGGAGAUUGUCAACUUCAACUGCCGGAAGCUUGUCGCCACAAUGCCGCUCUUUGCAAAUGCUGACCCAAAUUUUGUUACUGCCAUGCUGAGCAAACUACGGUUUGAGGUGUUCCAGCCUGGAGAUUAUAUUAUCCGAGAAGGGGCUGUGGGGAAGAAGAUGUAUUUCAUUCAACAUGGGGUUGCUGGUGUCAUCACUAAAUCCAGUAAAGAGAUGAAACUGACAGAUGGGUCCUACUUUGGAGAGAUCUGUCUUUUGACCAAAGGCCGCCGCACUGCCAGCGUACGAGCUGAUACAUACUGCCGAUUGUAUUCUCUUUCUGUGGACAAUUUUAAUGAAGUUCUGGAAGAAUACCCCAUGAUGAGAAGAGCAUUUGAAACAGUAGCCAUUGACAGAUUGGACAGGAUAGGAAAGAAAAAUUCGCUUCUCCUGCAGAAAUUCCAAAAAGAUCUCAAUACCGGCGUUUUCAACAACCAAGAGAGUGAAAUUUUGAAGCAGAUAGUAAAACAUGACCGAGAGAUGGUGCAGGCUGUUAUUCCGAUGAACUUACAGCAGAUGUCAGCGCUGAAUUUGAACACUCCAGCCGCAGCCUCAUCGAUGCAGAUCAGGACACAGUCCCCACCUGUAUAUUCUGUCCCCAACCUCUCUCAUGGGAGCCUGAAUUCUCCAACACCAAGCACACAGACGCCCCAGCAAGCUGCCGUUUUCUCUCCCAGCCCCUACCCUUCAGCGGUCUGCAGUCCUCCGGUACAAAGCCCUCUGGCUGGUCGAACUUUUCAAUAUGCAACACCUACAGCUUCACAGUUGUCGCUACUGCAGCAGCAGCAGCAGCAGCAACCACCACAACCACCACAGCAGCAGUCGUCGCAGCAGCCGCAGCAAAUGCCCAGCACCUCACAGAAGAGCGACGUCCACAAGAGCACGCAAGCUCUUCACAAUGCUAGUCUGACGAGGGAGGUGAGGCCUCUCUCGGCCUCGCAGCCUUCGUUGCCGCACGAGGUUUCUGCUGUGGUUGCUAGACCUCAUCCAACAGUGGGAGAAUCAUUAGCCUCCAUUCCACAGCCGGUCGCAGGUCUCCAAAGCACAGGCAUCCAGGCCGGAAGCAAAGGUACGGUGCCGCAACGAGUCGCCCUUUUCCGCCAGAUGUCUUCAGGAGCAAUUCCGCCUACGCGAGGGGCCACGCCAUCCACGGCCACACCACCAAAGGAUUCCUCCGCAGUCUUAAACACUGAACUAGAGGGCGAUAAACCACGGUUUGCUUCAAACUUAUGAUCCAUGCAGACUUAUGAAUAAAGCAGAGACAUUAACGUAAACUGAGAUCACUACCAGGAAACAAUGUUAUCAUA